AUGAUAAGAAAUAAUUGAUUUUAGGUUCUUUACUUGCAACGGUCAAGCAGAUAUAAGCAGAAGGACAAUAACCUCAGGAGGCUUUUGUAGUUCAGAACUAAGCGAGGAACUAGAAUCAAUCGACUGAGGGGGUUUCCAAACCCAGCGCUUAACAGAAAACCAACCAGCCUCAUUCUUCGAGUUUUCCCCAGUCAAAAGAUCAAUUCCUAUCAAAUAAAGUUCAUUUCGAGAAUUCUGAAAUUUCCUCAACAGAAUCUGACCAAUUCAACUGUAUCAAGAAUGGGAGAGAGCUCAUGAGUUUUAAGCUCGAGAAUAAUAACGAUUCUUUUCACUCCAGCCCAAGGUAUUCGCCAUGGAAACAUGCUAGCUAUGAAAAUAAUGAAUCAGAUUCAGGCUCAGAGAAGGAAAACAUGAAUUCCUCCUCCAACAAGCUGGGAGAUAAGAAAUUCCUCGACUAUGACAGCCCCUCCUUCCAAACAAUUAAGGAAGAAUAUGAAGAAUGAAGUUCUGAAUUUAAAGUUCUAGAGGAAUCUAAAGCUAAAAUGACCAAUGAGAAAGAAUUCAAGCAUUCUGAGAUUGAGAUAAAGCCGAGUCUAACUUCACUACAUACGGGCUCACAGAUCAAGACUCCUUCUGCUAUUGCUCUGACUCAGAAGACCAAGACUAAUAGUAAUUAUUAUGAGACUUUGAAAAAGAAAUAUGAACUCUAUACAGUAGAAACUGGUGGCUCAAAAUGUCUUUUCUUCAAUCAACCAGAAUCAGAAGUCAAAGUAGACUCAGAGAAGAAGAAUGAAUUAGUCUUUGAGCAUAGUGAAGUUCAUAUUAAAUCUUCUCCUCAAAGUUCGACUUAUGUUGCUCAAGGACUCUUCCCCAGCUACCAGAGUAGUCUUCGUAAGGGUCGGAAUGAGACUACAACUCUUACAAGAAGAUUUCAUUCCAAAGGAGUUAGAUCUCCUGAGUCUAAAACUCAUCCUCUAUAUAACAGCAACAGUAACUGAGCGAGUGGACAUUUCCCAGAUGGCCAUAACAACCAAGGAGAGCCUGUUGACUUGAGCUUGGUAGAUUCAAGUAAUUCUGAUAUCAAACAAGAAGUUGAAGUAGUGGUUCAAGAAAUUCCUGACACAAAGAUCAUUAUCGAAGAUUCCUCAACUAAAAAGGGGUCUAUUGAAAAUGUUCUAGUGCCUAACACUACAAUGGAGGAUAUUCUCCCUGAGAUAAAGCAGGAAGCAAAGCCUCCAAAACCUCUAAAGCAAUCCAGAAAUGUUGCGAAGAGAGCAACCACCGACAAGCUCAUCGACUGCAUUCUUGAGAGUGAACAGAGUCCGAGGAACAGAAUCUUUCCUAAAAUUAAGACUAAGAGCUCCCAAAGCUCAGCAUUGACAGAAAUCGAUACCAACAAAAUGAAUCCUGAAAGGUUGAAAGUCUCAUGUAAUGAGAAUAUAUUUAAGAAUGGGUUGAUGCCUCCAAGUCAUGCUGCCUCCAGAGAGAACAUUAAAUCUUCUCCGAUAUUUGCUUUACAGGAGAGAAAGAUUAUCGAUAGCAACAAAGUAGUACAAAAACUUGACUUUGAAGACUCUGACUACAAGGAUUCAGAGCUUAAAGAGAACAUAAAGACGUCAUGGAAUGAACUUGCCUUUAAAGAGAAAAAUAAAGAUGAUUCUGUAAUCAGGAUGAUCUUCCAGGACUCUGACUACCCUAUCAGUGAGACUACAGAUGUUGAUUGCCAGAAGCUCUUUGAUUAUAAUAAUGAGCGAUAUGAUGCCCUUAUGAGGAGUAAGAGCAAAGAGAAAGGAAUCAUCCAGUCUUUCACACAAUCGAUGCACAACAUGAAACCUAACAAAUCUUGUGUGCCUCUGGAGUCUGGGAAGUGAGUCUAUAAGUCUAUGAAGGGGCCUAGCUUGGCUAAAAAGUAUUCAAAAGUCUCUUCCUCAGACCAAUUUAUGGAUAAAUCAACUGUGCCUUCAAAGAAUGCCUUUGUAAUAAGGAACGGCAGCCUGAGAGAAGAGUUUGAGAGUGUUCACCAGAACUUCAAGAAUGUGAUCGGUAAAAGGAAAAAGGGGCAAAAGAAAUCCAAGUCAAGGAAAAGACAGAAUAAUAGAUCCAAGAAUGCGAGGUCUCUGAUGAGUAGGAAGUCCAAUAUCAACUUCCUUUCAUCAACAGUAGUCUCUUCAGUCCUGAUUCAGGAAGCUUUAAAGAAUCAAAACAAGUACUCGAAAGCAAAGAGAGAGAGGGAGUCUGCUGAGAUCUACCUUCUUUAA